CCCCUGAGACACAGAUGAAUCCUGCUGUGAGGUAAGGCUCUUAAGAGAUGCUGUGUCGUGGAAGAUGAAAGUAUCCCGAGUUACGCUGCUUGUUACUGCGGGAGCCGUAUGUUUAUGUACGUCGAGAAAUUUAACUAGUAUGUUUAUGUAUGUCGAGAAAUUUAACUUUCUCUUGUUUUCUCUCCAUUUUCUGUUAACCUGCUCUAUUCCCCAUUACUUAUGCACUCUUUCCUUUUCCUUACACAUCCUUUUCUCUCUAUCCCCUGCUCCCUCUCCUGAACCUCCCACCUCUCCAUCUUUCUCUCCCUUCCUCCUUCUUCCACUCUCUGUCUACUUCCCUUUUUUUCUCUAUUCUCCCUUCCUCCCCCUCUCUCCCUUAUACAGGACAUGUGUGUGGUGUGUGGGAGUUUUGGCCAGGGGUCAGAGGGCAGGCUGCUGGCCUGUUCCCAGUGUGGCCAGUGUUACCACCCCUUCUGUGUCAACAUCAAGAUCACCCGGGUGGUGCUGAGUAAAGGCUGGCGCUGUCUGGAGUGCACGGUGUGCGAGGCGUGCGGCCAGGCCAGCGACCCAGGCCGCCUGCUGCUGUGUGACAACUGUGACAUCAGCUACCACACCUACUGCCUGGACCCGCCCCUGCAGACGGUGCCCAAGGGCAGCUGGAAGUGCAAGUGGUGUGUCUCCUGUACCCAGUGUGGUGCCACCUCCCCCGGCAUGAGGUGUGACUGGCAGAACAACUACACCCAGUGCGGCCCCUGUGCCAGCCUGGCAUCAUGCCCGAUGUGCAUGCGCAGCUACUGUGAGGACGAGCUCAUCGUGCAGUGCCGCCAGUGUGACAGGUGGAUCCACGCCUGCUGCCAGGGCCUGGACACAGAUGAGGAGGUGGAGAAUGCAGCGGAUGAUGGCUUUGACUGCACCAUGUGUCGAAUGCACGCUCUGCCUUCACAGGGCAAAGUGGAGGCCCUCCUAUCUGACGGCUGCGAGGCCCCGAUGGUGGCCCAGAUUGUGUCUACAACGAGAGAGCCAGACAUCCAGAAGACAUACACCCAGGAUGGGGUGUGUCUGACCGAGUCUGGCCUGUGCCAGCUGGAGAGCCUGGCAGUGCCCUCCUCAACCCGCCGAGGGCAGAACAGGCGGCCCAAACCCAAGCUCAAGCUGAAGAUCAUCAACCAGAACAGCGUGGCUGUGCUCCAGACCCCACCGUACCCCCACUACUCAGAGCUGUCCCGGGACGGGGACGGGUACAUGGACGACCGCCGAGGGGACCUCCUGAUGGACUGUGACUUGAAGUCGGACUCCAGUCCGGAACGGGAGCCUGUCGACGACGACGCCAAGGGGGCCGAGGGCGCCGACGGCAACAAGAAAAGGAAGAGGAAACCUUACCGACCCGGUAUUGGAGGGUUUAUGGUCCGCCAGAGAAGCAGGACGGGACAAGGGAAAGCCAAGCGAUCCCUAUCCAGGAAAUACUCAACAGGAUCGUUACCUGAGAACCCAAUGUGCAAAGAGGAAGGGUGGAACAAGACGGAGAGUACUCAAGCGGAGGAGACCCCACCGGUGUCUGAAUGUCUGGAGAAGGUCAAGAAAAGAUACCGCAAAAAGAGAACCAAAUUGGAAGAGGAGUUCCCUUCUUACCUGCAGGAGGCUUUCUUUGGAAAGGAGCUGCUGGACAGGAGCAAGCAGAGCAGGCAGGCGGGCCUGGUGACCACAGGGCACUGUGAGGAGAACUCAGGGGUCCAUGCAGAGACCAAACCCCGCAGUGUCAACGCCAGCUUCCUGGACCCCUCCUCAGACCCGCUGCUCAGUGCUACCUCGACCACCAUACCCAUCUCCAGCAAAGGAGGAGGACUGCAUCAUCCGGACCUUCCGGAAGUCCUGAGCACGGAUGCAGAUCUCCUGGGAAUGCUGUCGGAUGAUCUGGUGAAGCAGGGGAAUGACUCAGCCAAUUCCGAGGAUCCCUUAGUGAACCUUCCGGAAGUCCUGAGCACGGAUGCAGAUCUCCUGGGAAUGCUGUCGGAUGAUCUGGUGAAGCAGGGGAAUGACUCAGGUCUUGAUUUAUGCCAUUUCCAGGUCGACAGCCCUCCUUCUCCUUUUGCUGGUCUGGACAUGGCCCCCAUCUCUGAUUAUCCCAUUGGGUCCUGUCAGGGCUCUGCAUGCCGGGGGCCCAGGGCUCUACAGGAGGAGCCUCUGGAUGUCAUCCUGAGCCCAGAACUGGACAAGAUGGUCGUAGAUGGUAAGCCGACCAUGUUGAAUUCUGACUGUUUACAGGAUUGGUUGCUUAAUCGGUGUCAUUGGUGAAGAGCAGAGGUGUAAAUCUCCAGGGCUUCAGUGUCUUUUCUCCUCCCACUCACUGAUGUAUAAUUGGCCAGAGUUGCACACCACCUGGUUUCCCUGGUCAACAUCAGUACAUGGAUUCAGGGUUGGUUUCCUAGAAGCAGAUUAAGCCUAGUCCUGGACUAAAGCAUUAGCAAAG